AACCGUGAUAUUAUGAGAGGGCGGGGCCUCAGCACUGUCGUCUCAUAGUAGUUUCUGGAACCUCAUGGUUACACCAUGGAGAAAGUAUCUCAGCUGAAAGACCAGGGUAAUAAGGCGCUGAGCGCAGGGAAGAUCGAUGAAGCAGUGCGCUGCUACACUGAGGCUCUGGCAUUGGACCCAAACAACCAUGUCCUCUUCAGCAACCGAUCUGCUGCGUACGCCAAGAAAGGCGACUACGAGAACGCCCUGAAGGACGCGUGCCAGACCAUUAAGAUCAAGCCAGAUUGGGGCAAGGGUUACUCACGAAAGGCUGCAGCCUUGGAGUUUCUGGGAAAGUUUGAGGAUGCCAAAGUAACCUAUCAGGAGGGUCUCCGUCAAGAGCCGUCCAACCAGCAGCUAAAAGAUGGUCUUCAGAACAUCGAGGCGCGACUAGCAGAGAAGAAGAUGAUGAACCCCUUCGCCAUCCCCAACUUGUAUGAGAAGUUGGAGGGGGACGCCCGAACCCGAGCCCUGCUGUCCGACCCCAGCUACAGAGAGCUGCUCGAACAGCUCCGCCAGAAACCGUCUGAACUCGGCACGAAGUUGCAGGACCCACGUGUGAUGACAACCCUUUCAGUGCUGCUCGGAUUCGACCUGGCUGGCAUGGAUGAAGAUGAAGAGCCGACUCCACCCCCUCCACCUAAACCCAAAGAGGCAACCCCGCCCCCUCCCAAAGAGGAAGAUCUGCCAGAGAACAAGAGAUUGGCGUUGAAGGAGAAGGAACUUGGCAAUGCAGCAUACAAAAAGAAGGACUUUGAGACUGCACUCAAACACUAUGAUGAGGCGUGCAAGCACGACCCCACCAACAUGGCCUAUCUGUCCAAUAAGGCUGCUGUGUUCUUUGAGAAGGGCGAGUUUGAGAAGUGUAGAGAGCUCUGCGAGAAAGCCAUCGAGGUGGGCAGAGAAAACCGUGAGGACUACAGACAAAUCGCCAAGGCCUAUGCCAGGAUUGGGAACUCUCUUUUCAAAGAGGAGAGGUAUAAGGAGUCCAUUCAGUUCUUCAACAAAAGUCUGACUGAGCAUCGCACUCCAGAGGUGCUGAAGAAGUGCCAGCAGGCAGAGAAGAUAGUGAAGGAGCAAGAGAAACUGGCUUACAUCAACCCAGAGGUGGCACUGGAGGAGAAGAACAAGGGCAAUGAGGCUUUUCAGAAAGGUGACUACCCCCUGGCCAUGAAGCACUACAGCGAGGCCAUAAAGAGAAACCCCAAUGAUGCCAAGCUCUUCAGCAACAGGGCAGCCUGCUACACCAAAUUACUGGAGUUCCAAUUGGCCCUCAAGGAUUGUGAGGACUGCAUCAGACUGGAACCCAGCUUCAUUAAAGGAUACACACGCAAGGCAGCAGCACUGGAGGCGAUGAAGGACUACUCCAAAGCCAUGGAUGCCUAUCAGAAGGCUUUGGAGCUGGACUCAAACUCCAAGGAGGCCACAGAGGGGAUGCAGCGCUGCAUGGUGAGUCAUUCCAUAAGGAAUGAUAGCCCAGAGGACGUGAAGCGGCGGGCCAUGGCUGAUCCGGAGGUGCAGCAGAUCAUGAGUGACCCAGCCAUGCGCAUGAUCCUGGAGCAGAUGCAGAAAGACCCACAGGCCCUCAGCGACCACCUGAAGAACCCAGUUAUCGCUCAGAAGAUUCAGAAACUUAUAGACAUCGGACUCAUAGCCAUCCGGUGAUCGUCAAGAGAGCAGAGGAGAACCAGGGCUACCACCAUCCAGAUCAACACCACCACAAGACCUCAGAGGAAAGAAGACUCCAUUCCAAAAAAAAAUAAUAAUAAUAAUAAUGUUUGCUCACCAAAUUGUACAAUCACCCUCAAUAUGUCAAAAACAUUUUAUUUACAUGUAAGGCCUUAGCUUUUCAUUAAAUGUUAUGUGAAUCAUAACAUGCAACGCGACAUUUGCUUCUUAGCACUCCAGUACCAGCGACAUUUGUCUAACAUCUAGUCAGCAGCUUCUAAUCAUUAAAAGUCUAAUUUUCCUCAGAAUGGCAUAUUUUAAUAACCUUUAUGGAUUCAGUACAAAACGGUGCAACCAUUCUGAGAUUUAUAUCAUCAUGUUGUGUGUGUGUGUGUGUGUGUGUGUGUGUGUGUGUGUGUGUGUGUGAGUUUUGAUGCCUAUAGAUGCAGAACACUGCAAAACACGACAGCAAAUCUCAUCAGAUAUCUUGAUGACAGUCAAAUUUAUUUAGUAUUUCCUAUUGUAAGUUCGCAAUAAACCAAAUAUAAGAUUAAAUGUAUUUCUAGACAUUUUCACUUAUUUCAAGCUUCAAAUCGUGUGCUAUUGGCAGAUCAUUUGUGCUUCUUUCUCGAAAUGAUGCUUAAAGUUAGCAAAAUUAUCUGCCAAUAGAACAAGUCUUACAAGCUUGAAAUUAGUUUAAAAAAAUGUCUAGAUUGGUUUAGUAAUCUUAUAUUUGGUUUCUUGUAACCUUUAUAAUAGAAAAUACUUGAUGGAUUUGAUUAUUGAAGGUAUUAAAUUGCCCCCACCCCCCGUGAGGUGCCAACAUUGCUAACAUUGCAUUAUAGCAGAUAAAGAGAAAAAUCUGAAAUUUACAACAAAACGGUUAUCGUGUCUGGACGAGAUGGUUCAAUACUAACAUCAUAAGGGGAAAAACAGCACAUUCUACCUUGCACUUUUGCACUGAUUAGAGACCGUAGCCCCACUCUAGUUUUCUGUUCGUUGACAAAACCGUGAAAUUUCACCUUGAUGAAGUCGGUAUGAACGUGAAAGUAAUCGAUAGCAAGCACAAAUGUGUUUUGUUUUUUUUUUGUUUUGUUUUUUGGUUGUUUUUACUUCUGGCCUGCUUUCCUCUAAAAUGAAUUGGAUUUUCUGCCAGAAUUUCACGUUUGGUCUGAACACUGCUUCAGAAGCAGUAAAGUGUCUACAGUAUUGCCAUAGCAGGGGGUCAGAAAUCAUUAAUGCUACAGCUAAACCGAAGGUGUUGGUACCUAUGUUGAGGAAUUUUUGAGAAAGUGGCCCCUACUUCUCACAGAUUUGAGUGAUUUCUAUCUAACAGGUCUGGGUAAGAGUGCAUAUCUUUGAUCAGCUCCUUAUAUUUACAGGGAAAUUAAUGCUCAGUUGUGAGUAGUGAUGAAAUGAGUUGUGCUUCUUGCUCUGGUUGUCUGGAUGGGGUUGAAACGCACUGUGAAACUGCACACAUUCUCUUCUAACGGAGAACAGUUUGACUCCUAUCAAAUCCACUUGCAGUAUAUCUAGAUAUUUGAUGUGACGCAAUUAAAAAUGCUUGUUUCUCAGAAAACGCUGUCCAUUCUUAAAUGUUUAUCGAUGCAGUAUGUUGGAGAUUAAGCUGGUUGUAAAAAGCAGAACCUGAUCCUAGAUUGGCACUCUUAGCGUUGUAUAUCUGCAAUCCCAAAUGUUCAUAUUCGGCCAUGAAUCAGCCAUGAUAUGAUGAUGGGAUAAUACUAUAUGCAAGGCUGGGUGGUUGCUGAAGUGUUUUAAGGAAUUACGCAUUUUGGCACCAGUUUACAUUGUGCCAUCGAGUCUUCAUUAUUUCCAAAUGCAACAUCAAAGUCUUGGUGCCUGCAAGUCUGCAAACCUCUCGCUGUUGUCACUCUCAUCUGUGCUUCAAUACAGGGCAUAAUCUGACAUGUGGAUGUCUUUGGCUGCUUUCAUUCUCAGUGUAUUUUUCCACUUCAAUAAACUCUGAUACAUACCA